AUGAGCCAAGCUGUCUGGCUCUCUCCGAGGCUUCCCCGCAUGAAGCCUUUACAACAAGAUGCUAGCCCGGAGGAAGCCAAGAUCGGUAGCGGAGCCAAGUUUAAGAUCGACUUCCUCAACUACCUCCGAGCCUACGACACCCGUAAGACCACCUGCAAGCCAGUAAUUCAGCAAUUAUCCCUGUAUGACUUUUCAGAAAUCCGAGGCUCGCUCAUUGCCAGCGUACCGGGUCGACACGUAUUCGAGGAAGAAGAUUCAAUCACUUGGUGGGGCUCGGCAGCAAUGAGCCGAGCCCUCGAAGCGGUCCCUAUUUCCUCAAAAAAACCCGAGAUUGCCAUUCAGACCUCAUCCAUCGCGACAUUGGGCGGAUCGGAUACCUGGCUCAAGAACAUUUUAUUCCGCUCCCUUAGAGGUGGCCGAAGCACCACCCCUCUCGCGCAACGACCGUCCUUCAAAGUGGUCUUCCCAACCCCGGACGAAAUCCGCAAAUCCCUCGACGGGUACCACUCCGGCAGCUCCAUCCACACCAAGACCCAGUCGCCACAACAGGCCAGCCAGCUUACAUACCUCCGACCCAUGUUCCACCACUGGGCCAACGACUCGGACAGGGGCGCGCCACUCUCCUACGGCGACAUCCCCAAGGAAGCCGGCAGGAAACGGGCCGCGCCACACAUCAAAACCUACAUCCGCUACAGCGGUUACGGCCCGGAGCCGCCGACCGUCGACUGGGCACUGCUCACGUCGGCGAACCUAUCCAAGCAGGCGUGGGGCGAUGCGCCCAAUACUCGGAACGAGGUACGCGUCGCGUCGUACGAGAUCGGCGUGCUGGUCUGGCCGGAGCUGUACGGCGAGGGAGCGACCAUGGUGCCGACGUUCAUGACGGAUUCGCUGGCGGAGGGGGAGGUGCCAGAGGGGACGGCCACUGCGGUGGCGUUGCGCAUGCCGUAUAACUUGCCUUUGCAGGCGUAUGGGGAGGGGGAGGUGCCGUGGGUGGCGACGGAGAAGCAUUUGGAGCCGGACUGGAUGGGGCGAGCUUGGGAGCCGGGUUAG